ACAGGACUGCAGGCAGCACAGUAGUAGCAGUUAGCAGAAGCAGGCACGAUGUCGCCGAGCAGAUAAGGAAACUCGCCGCUGUCGACAUGGACGUGGAGUCGGCGCUUCGGCUUCCGACGGACGACGACGUCGUCGAGCUGGAAGACGGAGAAAUCUGCGACGACGACAGCGAGGAGGCCGUCGUCGUCGCCCAGCGGAAGGAGAGCGACCGGAGCAGGCCCGGCGGCGGCGGCGGCGGCGGCAGCAGCAGCAGCUCAUACGCGGGCCCCCGGCCGCAAGACUUUGGCCACCCGAUGGCCUACGCCAACCACAGGCAGCAGUGCGGACCGGAGCGACCUCCACACGUUCCCGAACCGCCUGUGUCGCCGUCGUCUUUGCCUCUGUUGCCGUCACCCGGGCUCGCGCUUCCUCCUCCUCCUCCGCGCGGACCCAGCUUCUGGGAGCGGAGCCACGGCGCCCUAUGGAGGUUCAGACACCGGAGCGGCCCCAACGGAGGACGGGGCGCCUGGAACCGAGGAGGCUGGACCGGCGCCAGACCAUUCGUGCCUCGUUACGGGCCCGGAGAGCACGGUCACAAGCAAAAGGAGGCUCCUUUCGCCAAUCAGAGGUCGCUGGGAAGGAACCCGGCGAGAAGAGCGCCGCCGGGCUCGGACAAGAGCGACGGCGCCGAGUCCUUCGAAGACCUUCUGGCCAAGUACAAGGAGAUCCAGCGGGAGCUGGAGUCCAUCCGCAAGGAGGAGAGCAUGGCGCUGGAGGCCGAGGGGCCGGGCCCGGAGCCGGAGCGGUCCGCCGCGCCGCCGGAUACGGCGGCGGCCCCCCCACCAGAGACGCAGAAAACUUUCCAGGCGUUCAACAUCAAGCCUCUGCGCCUUAAACUCCCCGCGCCGGCCGGUCUGGACGCCGAAGAGGGGGGCCGGCGGCGGGACGACGGUCAACCCGCGGUCCCCGAACCGGUCCGGGAAGUGGAGGACGAGGGCAAAACCCCCGGCGGGGAGUCGUCCGCCUCCAGCGACGACGUCUUCAUCUGCCUGGACGAGCUGGGGGGUCAGGUGGAGGAGGAGGACCUGUCGGAACUGCAGUUGCGUCUGCUGGCGCUGCAGUCGGCCAGCCGCAAGUGGCAGCAGAAGGAGCGGCAGGUGAUGAAGAAGAGCAGAGAACCCGGGACGGGCGCCCGGGACCGGAGGCGCGAGCGGGCCCCCAGGCUGCCCGACAAAGGAGCCCCGGAGACGGGAGGCCGGACGCCGCCGGCGGACAAGUGCGCAGGUGAGGUUACCCUCGCCCGGCCGCCGCGGGGCCCGGUCUGAUUCCGGGGAUUCUCGUUAGGGCCGGCGACCGGCAAGCAGCGGCCGCGGCAGCGGCCUCGCACGUGUAAACCGGCGCGCCAGCGGGACCGGGACGAGCGUCGUAAACGGGAGGAGGAAAUCCGCAAGAUCCGCGACCUGUCCAACCAGGACGAGCAGUACAAGCGCUUCAUGAAGCUGGUGGGCGGCAAGCCUCACGCCAAGCCCAGGGACGGAGAAGCCCGCAAGUCGGCCGGAAGCGACGCGGCGGGAAACCUCUACCAGUACGACAACUACGAGCAGGUCGCCAUGGACACGGACAGCGAGCCCGGUUCGCCAGGACGUCCUCCCUUCCCCGCGGAAGACGCGCCGCCCCUCCCGGCCGACGAGCCGCCCCCCCCUCCCGAGCCGCCGUUCGCCGACGAGGAAGAAGAGGAGGAGAUGCUACUCCGAGAGACCUGUCUGAUGUCCAUGGCCAGCAAGCGCGCCGUCGGCGUCGAGCGAGAGCCGUCGCGACCCCCCUCCCCGAGCGCGGAGAUCCCCGAGCGGCCCGGCCGCGGGAACCUCGGCGACGCCGCGCCGCGCUUGAACAAGUUCGCCCGAGGAGCUUCCAGAGCGCCGCUGGUGCUGCCGCGCCACAAGUCGGUGGUGGUGUCUCUGAACGAGUCGGACGACAGCGAUUCGGAUCCGGACGUGGUGGUGGCGGCGGCGGCGGCGGGCGUGCUGGGCGGUCUGGAGUUUAUGAUCAAAGAGGCGAGAAGGACGGCCGAGGUCAACGCCGUCAAGUCCAAAGGCGCGUCGGAAAAGGAGAACGAUCCGCUUCGGACGCCCGAAGCCUUGCCCGAGGCCAAGAAGGCGGAGUACCGCUUCCUCAGGGACGAGCUGGCCAGCAGGGAGAAGCAGAAGGCGCCCGAUCACGCCGCCGCGUCCCUGGUGAGCCAGGCCGAGCAGAAGCUGCAGAAGCAGAGAGAGUUGCUGGCCCGGGACCGGGCCCUGCUGCGGAACCUCCUGCAGCAGCAGCUGAAGAAGUCCGAGUCCCUCAAGGCCGCCGAGUCUAAGGUGGCCCGACUCCGGGAGCAGGUGCAAGCCUCGGAGAAGAUCGCGCUGGCCAACAAGACGCUGCUCAAGAAGAUUCAGGAGCAGGUGCGGCGCGUGGAGCACCGCGUGUCUGUCAAACAGGCGCUGGCGGCUCGCUUGGAGCAGGAGCUGUUGUGGACGCGGACGGCGGCGGGAAGAGAGCCCAAACGUAAGGCCGGAGGAGCCGUCCGCAAACCGGCCGGGAAAACGCGGCGGGCGGGUGCCGAUCGCUUCGCGGCGCUGAUGGCCCAGAAGCGCCGUCUGCAGCAAAUGGAGUCGGAAUACGCCUUCAAGAUCCAAAAGCUGAAAGAGGCGCAGGCCCUGCGCCACAGAACGGCGCCCGGCGAGCGACCCCGGCCCGUCGAGCCCGGAGUUUGUCCGCCGCAGCCCUCCCCGCACGACCUCGCCCAGGACGUCCUGGUCCUGGACAGCGAGGACGGCCCCGAGGCGGACGAUCCCCGAGCGGAAAAAGCGGCGGCACCCGCCGCCGGUCCUCGUCGCCGCUCGACCGGCACCAAACCCAACCUGGAGCAGCCCGCGGCCGCCCCCGACGGUGGCCGACGCCCCGCCGAAAUCCACUCGAACGGCGCCGUCGCCUCGGCGCGUGACUUGGAAGCGCUGAUGCGCCGGCGGCCGGGGCUGGGAGAGCUGCUCCUGGACGAGCUGAACGGGCUCGGAGAACUGCGGCCGCCGGACGCGGAGAGCGAGGUGCCGACCGUGGAGACGGAGGCGGGCAAAGUUUCGGCCUGGCUCGGCAAGCCGGUUCCGUUGGGCCCUUACCGCAGUCCUCUCUUGGUCUUCAAGUCUUACAGGUUCAGCCCGUACUACAGGACCAAGGAGAAGUUAUCCCUGAGCUCGGCCACCUACAGCAACGCCAUUCGGCCCCGGCGACGCUUCUGCCGCUUCGAUCUGAGCGGAACCUGCAACGACGACGACUGCUCUUGGCAGCACGUGAGGGACUGCGGGCUGACGGAAAGUCUCCUCCUCCAGGACGUGCUCUCCUACAACUUGGCCCUCAUCGGUUGCUCCGACGGCAGCUCCGACGGCCAAAUCGGCGCCGCCGCAGAAAAGUACCUGCGCAAGCUGUUGGGUCCGCACAAAGACGAGAUGGCGGCGGAUCAGAAGGCCGUCUUCCUGGUCAGCAAAGUCAACGAGAGCUGUCGUCACGUGCCACCUUUCACCACCUGGAAGGACAAACGUAAGUGGAGGCCGCGGAGCGAGCGUCGCGCGGAGCAGGACGACGACGAAGACGAAUGUGACCACGGCGACGGGGAGCGGACGCGCGCGACAUCAGAAGCCCGCGCCGACGCCUCGGAGGUGCCCGCGGCCCCCGAGGACAAGCGUUACUUCGCGGGCGACGCGGACGACAUCUGCAAGUUGGAGAGCGGCGUGCUGGACGACCCCGCCGACACGCAGCUGUGGAUCAAGCUGGCCUACAGAUACCUCCGCCAAGACGACGCGCCGAUCGCCGAGUGUUUGGAGGCGGCGCUGAACACGCUGUCUCGAGCGCUGGAGAACAACUGCGACGACCCCGAAGUGUGGACGCACUACCUGACGCUCUUCUCUCGCCGCGGGCACGGCGACGAGGUGCGGGAGAUGUGCCAGAUGGCCGUGGAGCACGCGCCGCAUCCGCGCGUCUGGUGGAGUUACCUGAAGUUGGCGAGCACGUUCCAGGCCAAGGACUCCGUGUGCGAGCGCCUGACGGACUUCCUGCUGGCCGAGUCGGGGGGCGAGUGCCGGGAGCGCUCCUUCCGGCUGCUGGAGGCGCUGCUCUACCGCGUCCGCUUGAACGUCUUCACGGGCCGCGCGGACGCCGCCGUCGCCGUCUUCCAGGACACCCUGAAGCGCGCGGCCGAGCGGCUGGAACCGGAGCUCCGCGCGCUGGCCUGGUGCGCUUACAUCCACCUGAGGGAGUUCGGGCGCCUCCCGGCCCAACUCUUCGACCCGCUGGAGUCGGGCCCGUCUCGGCCGCUGGCCGCCGAGCACUUCCUCUUCCCCUGGCGCUCGGCGCGAGACGUGGCCACGCCGGCGCGGGAGCUCUUGGCCCUUUUUCGAGACGCCGUCCGCGAGUGCGACGACCCCGCUCUGACGCCGGACCGGCGGACGUCGGCUUGCCUGCCGCUGCACCUCAACCGGCUUUUGCUGCACGAGCUGUCGGACGGGUCGGAGGAGGCCGCGUCGCAGUGCGAGGCGCUGCUGGCGGCGUGUCCCGACUCGUGCGAACUGCGAGACUUCCUGUGCGACCUCCACGUGCGCUCGGGGAACGCCGAGCGGGCCGUCGCCAUCUGGCUGGACGCGUCGGCCCGCCGUCCCGACGACGCCGAGGUUUUAUACCGCUGCUGCCGCUUCCUCAUGUAUCAGGGCCGGCCCGGCGCCACGGCGCCGCUCUUCCGGAGUUUCGUCUCUGCCGUGUGCGAGGAGACCGCGGCUCGCGUGACGCCCCUCGACUUCCUGCGGAGCGCACUGGGUCUCCCCUCCGAGCGCGUACGUUCGUCGCCCGUGGUCCGCAAGGAACUGGAAGAUCAGCUGCUCCGUCAGCGGCCCUUCCUGCACCUGCUCCACUGCCGCUGGCACUGGUCGCACGGGUCGACGGAGGCCACGCUGGACGCCUUUGAGAGGGCGCUGGGCUCUGCGGGGCCGCGCCGCCACCUUUGCCGCCUGUGGACGGACUACCUGGAGUUCUGCGCCGCCCACGCCUCGCGGCGUUUGCCGGACUUGGUCCUCCGCUGCCUGGGCACCGUGCCCACCCGCCUGGAGGCGCCCUACGACCCCGGCCGCUUCCGGACGUCCUACGGCUUCCACAAUGAGGUGCUGGCGCUCUACCUCCGCCGGGUGGACCGGACGCAGCGCCCCGACCUCCUGCAAAGAUUCCACUACAUCAUGCCCAAUAACGUGGCCCUCGCCGUAAGGUUGAUGCACGAGGAGUUUCGGGAGGGCAACUUGGAACACGUGCGCUUUCAGGCCAGGAUGCUGACCAACAGCGCCCCCAAGUGUUUGCCGGCAUGGAACAUAGCCGUCGCGGUGGAGGCGGAGCUGAAGCGGCCGGCGGAGGCUCGACGCGUGGUGGAACAAGGGCUCCGGAACCUUCCGCUCUGCGCUCACCUGUGGAAGCAGCUGCUGCAGUUGGAGGCCUGCGGGGGCGGCGGCGCGGACGGGGUGGCCCGCGUGCUGUCUCGCGCCCAAGAGGCGGGCGUGACUUUAGCCGAGCCGCUCGCGGACGAGCGCGUCGCGUCGGGGGUUUGACCAAGGAAAGUUGAGAGAGCAAAAAGCGGCGCCUCCUCCCGGUGUACGUAAGUAUGUCCGCUGAGUGACGUUUGCUUUGUCUCACUUCCUUUUCCCCCGGGCGAGGGAAAGGGGCGGGUCGGGGAGGGGGCCCCGAGGACGUUCUUGGCCCAGCGCCAUUCUUUUUGUUGACUUUUGUUUUGUUCGAUUGUUCGACGGGUGACAAAAAGACACGGCGCCGUGGAAGUUACAAACGUUGGACAGGAAACUUUUCCAUUUUGUCCUUUUUGUCAUUAAAGUCUGGUUCAUCAGGAUGUUUUUGUUUUGAUUAAAUGUUUUUAAUCACCAAAUGUGACUCCCUUGUCUUUGUUUGCACCGCUUCUAGAGCGGACCCCCGGCACACGUCAUUCGCCUUCAUCGGGUUUGAACUAAAUGCGCAGCAAAAGAAACCUACUGGCAAAGCGGAUUAAUACAUGUCAUGCCUAAAUACUGUGGUAGGCUGCUACGAUAUUGCCGAUGCCAUCAUCGGGUAGAAAAGGGCAGAAAUGGAAAGAGGUGGCGGUGAUGAUCAGAUGAAGCCCCGGGAGGCACGGACACUUUGAGCCAACUGCGCCGGUGUAGUGUCAAAAUUGGCUCCUUUUUCAAAUUUUUCUCCCAAAAGCUUCUUUGGCGGUGAAAAAGUCCUCUUUUACAUCAAGUUGGGACUCACACUGUUAUCCAAAGGUGCUAAAUAAACUCGUUACAUCAUAAACAUGGAUGCGCAACACGAAAACGGCGUAAAUUAAUGCUUAACGACACGGCAAAGUCGUUAACAGUGAGCGGGGUGCAGUUGUUGUGCGCAGCUAACAUGGUAGGAUGUGCCUGAGGAGAACUUUUCUACAUGUCCUUCCAUGAUCAAACUUAAGUAAAUAUUCCUUUAUGUAAAGAAAGUCUGUAGUAUUUACUUUGGAAUCGCUGCAUUUGCGGCCAUUUUUAACGUGACGUGCAUGCGCAGAACCUCAAAGUUGAAAUUUGUGAUGGGUUGCAAAACUUGUCAGGACACCAAUACAUGCGAGGACAGUUCAUUUACUCCGACGCCAUCUAGAGGUCAAAAUGUCGAAUGACUUAUUUUCCACCACGGCACCAUGACGUCGUAGACAAACGCACACACAAGGGAAUAGCAACCGACAUCCUCCUAGGCGUACAUUUUUUCUCAGAGUAAAUGAACACGUUACUGCCCCCUUCUGCUUUGGAGUCUGUUCAUUUCCGCCAUCAC